CACGCCCCCCCGCCCGCCCCGCCGCCGGCUGGCUCCGACCGCGCGCUGCUGGCGAUCCCCCAGGCAACUCGGCGUCACGAGAACCAGCACCCCGGAGACCCGGCGCCCUGCCCUCCCUCCGCGUCCCCUGGGCCCCGGCCAGGCCCAACAACCUCUCCCUUCCCGCCCAGAGCAGCGAACUGUGCCCGGCGUGUGUCCCUCACGGGAGAGCCAGGACGAAGGUGACGAAGGCUCGGUGAGACGCACCAAGGUGGCCCCCGCGCGUGUUCGUGUGUGUGCGCUGGGACAUGCGGGGCAGGAGAGGUUGCCCCCAAACCGCUCUCCGGAGGGAAAGCCGAAUCGUGAAAGUGAGUGCGCGUGAGUGCGCGUGAGUGCGCGCGCCCGCGUGCGGGGGCGUGGCAGUAAACAGCAACAACACUCUGGCCAGCUCCGCCAGAAACUCCGAGCUCCCUCCGCGACCGGAAAGUGCGCCUAGCCGGAGCCUGGAGGGACCCAGCCGGAGCCUGGCCUGGGAGCCAGCAUGGCCAUCCCCAAAGCCUUGCUGACGUGCCUGGGGCUGCCUGUCUUCCUAAUCGCAGGCGCCCAGGCCCAGAACCACGUGCCACCUGGCUGCAGCCCGGACCUCAACCCCCUGUACUACAACCUGUGUGACCGUUCCGGGGCCUGGGGCAUCAUUUUGGAGGCAGUGGCUGGGGCGGGAGUUGUCACUGCUUUUGUCCUCACCAUCAUCCUUGUGGCCAGCCUCCCCUUUGUGCAGGACACCAAGAAGCGGAGCCUCCUGGGGACCCAGGUCUUCUUCCUGCUGGGGACCCUGGGCCUCUUCUGCCUUGUCUUUGCCUGCGUGGUGAAGCCUGACUUCUCCACCUGUGCCUCUCGGCGCUUCCUCUUUGGAGUCCUGUUCGCCAUCUGCUUCUCCUGCCUGGUGGCGCAUGUCUUUGCCCUCAACUUUCUGGCGCGGAAGAACCAUGGGCCACGGGGCUGGCUGAUCUUCACAGUGGCGCUGCUGCUGACCCUCGUGGAGGUGAUCAUCAACACCGAGUGGCUGAUCAUCACGCUGGUCCGUGGCGGCGGCGAGGGUGGCCCUCUGGGCAAUGACAGUGCCGCCUGGGCCACGGCCUCCCCCUGCGCCAUUGCCAACAUGGACUUCGUCAUGGCGCUCAUCUACGUCAUGCUUCUGCUGCUGUGUGCCUUCACGGGGGCCUGGCCUGCCCUGUGUGGCCGCUUCAAGCGCUGGCGGAAGCACGGGGUCUUUGUGCUGCUCACCACGGCCACCUCCAUUGCCAUAUGGGUGGUGUGGAUUGUCAUGUACACGUACGGCAACAAACAGCACAACAGCCCCACCUGGGAUGACCCCACGCUGGCCAUCGCCCUCGCCGCCAACGCCUGGGCCUUUGUCCUCUUCUACGUCAUCCCGGAGGUCUCCCAGGUGACCAAGGCCAGCCCAGAGCAGAGCUACCAGGGGGACAUGUACCCCACCCGCGGCGUUGGCUACGAGACCAUCCUGAAAGAGCAGAAGGGCCAGAGCAUGUUUGUGGAGAACAAGGCGUUUUCCAUGGACGAGCCAGCCUCAGCUAAGAGACCGGUGUCACCAUAUAGUGGGUACAACGGGCAGCUGCUGACCAGUGUGUACCAGCCCACCGAGAUGGCCCUGAUGCACAAAGGCCCGUCUGAAGGAGCUUACGACGUCAUCCUCCCACGAGCCACCGCCAACAGCCAGGUGAUGGGCAGUGCCAACUCCACCCUGAGGGCCGAAGACAUGUAUGCGGCCCAGAGCCACCGGGCCACCACACCGCCGAGAGACAGCAAGAACUCCCAGGUCUUUAGAAACCCCUACGUGUGGGAUUGAGUCGGCGGUCAGGAGGAGGCAGGCAGAUUUCGGGAAGGCCCCCUUGGGACAUGGCCUGGGUGAGGAGCCCCUGGCUCUCCUACUGCCCCUGCCCCCUCCGUGGCUCAGGGCAACUGUGCCUUGGAGCCAGGAAGGCCAUCCCUGUCUGCCAAUGUCUGUGUGGGUGUCCCAGGGGCCCCCUACUCGCGCCUCAGUGUUUGUGGAGCUUCGUGCUCCAGCCAGAUAGUGUUCUUCUUGGGGUGGUGGCCGGUCAGUGCCAACAUUUUCUGGAGUCUUAAGAGAGAUUCCUGCAACCUCGAGAGAUUUCUCAGGCGCGUCUGUCCUGGGUCUUGCUCCUCUAUGAGGAGCAAGAGUGCCUAAUAAACACG